UUCAGACAUACAUGUAUGACAUUUACUAUGCAGUACAAAGUCAUAUGGGACUUAUUUUUGACCAAUAAUCUCUUUGAAACACAGGGAAUGGCAUAUUGAAAUUAACUAGAUUUGGGCAGGUGAUAAAACUGAGCUGCCACUGCUGAGAUUCUAGUUUCGAAUUUGGGUGUCAGCCACCUGCCAUUAAUCCAGGUUCUUCAUUUGAAGUACUUGGUCUGAACCCAGUUACCAAUUACUAUUCGAAAUAACAUUACAUUUAGCAUUUCGUUUUAAUUUAUUCAAAAAAUAAUUAAAAGUUCAGUUUAACUGCCAUACAACGAUCGCUCCAACAGGACAUGUGAGAAGGUGCAGUCGCCGCCUCGUGUGGAUAGGCAAUAUAACGUUCUAUGGUGCCAAACAAUAGUAUUUCUUAUCUUGAUUUUAAGCUUUCUUGACUGCAGGAAUCCAUACUCUUUGGUUCUUUCGGUGAAGUCACGUAGGUAUAAAAUAAAAUAAAUCACGACGUUUCGGGCGCAACACAAGCGUCCGUCAGGUGGGAAAGCAUGGUAUUUUUAAUGAUAAAAUAAAACAAAUUUCCGUGAGCAUUUCAAAUAGUCCAUGAGCCCAGACCAGAUAUUGCACUUGCCAAUACCACCUGAUGUGGGCAUAACUUUAGCGGUUCCAAUUUGGAGUCGAUUAUAAAGUUAUUCACUCGUAUACCCCAUAAUUACAAUCUGGUAUGGCAAACAAUGUACUCCCUUAAAGUGGUACCAAUUUCUGAUUUGACCCCAUGGACUAAAACGUUAUAAUUUUGGACUCGAGAGAUAAAACUUUGUCUCAUAUGAGAUGUAAACAAUAAUCUGGACAUUGCAGUGGGGGGAAAAGUCAAAAUAUUGCUGAGCUAUUGACCCCAUGGACUAAAAAGUCUAAAUUUGGAGUUUAGAGACAAAGCAUAAUUAUGCCUCGUACGAGCUGCAAACAAGAAUAUGAACAUUGCGGUGUAUGGGAAAGAAAAAGUCGAAAUAUUGCUGAGCUAAAGUGUUUUAAGUGGCUUUGACUGCACAGCGGGAGGGGAGGCGUGGCCAGAAGUGGAGAGGCGUGGCCAGAAGUGAUGUCAUGGGGGGGUCAAAGGUAGCGGCGGCGUUCGCAUGGCGGGAGGUUACGAACCCGAAGUGCGUGCAGCUUACAGCGACUUUACAACGUUGCUAUUGUUGAGCGAAUUAAAGUGUUGUUUAACUGUCGUCGCAGACCGUGCUAAAGGGCCGCUCUAAUGCGCAGCGGCGGUGAUUUGAAAAAGCUAAGUGGCGGCCGGUGAUGAAUAGUUUGUAUAUAAAUGUGAUGAAGUAAGUUGGUGUGUUCUACUGUACUUGGGUGUUAUACUGUACUGCACAGUAAACAUAGGCCGAACGUUCGUGUGUUAAGUUUUAAAGCGAACGUAUUGUUCUUUGUGUGCUUAUUAUUAUUGUUGCUCUUGUCCAUAUUUGACUUGGGCCGCAGUUUGAACGCGUUUGCCCCGUAAAUAAUUCUCAAUUUAAGUGGAAUCGCCGAUCAUUGCACAGAGCUUUGAUGAAUGUACUGUACGCCGAACUUCUUUCGCACCGCACGUAGUCAACCGUGCUCAUCGGAGGUGCGGGAGAAGAGAAUCGAUUAAUCUCUUCAUGAGUACGCGAAUCUCCGAUUGAAUAAAUGAACAAAUGCAUACAAUCGAAUAGUUAGGUGAGUGGAUACAUGAUUGCAUGAUAGUUUGAAUCGGUGAAUACAUGAUUAAGUGAAUGAAUGAUAUCCGGAGGAAGAGGAGGUAGGAGGAGCAGAAGGAAACGGGGAGUCGAGGCUGAAUACGAUGGCUCUGGACACAAAAAACAUGUUCAGCACGGGGGUUGAGGACUUCGACCUUGAAGAUGAGGAGUUCAUGUCGAUGCUGGUGGACGUGGAAGAGAGGAUUGCUGGUGGAGGGCGGCCGAUGUGCAAUUCAACUGGUGGAGCCAUGCAUCCACCCAUUGUGCAGACCGUGACACCAUCCACGAGCAACCACCAAGGCCCUGCAGCUUCCGCAAUCCAUGCUGAUGAUGUGGCCCAGGGUGUGGCACCACGAGAUCCUUUCGGCGAUGCGGACUUUUCAGACCUGGAUGAUGAAGUUUGGUUGAACUUCACUCAGGAACUAGAUGUUAACGGUAGAGAAAACUCAGGUGCGAAAGAAACGGCAGGAACAGAUGAAACCACGAAAUGCCCAACUGUGGGUUCCUGUGAAGCUUCUGACUUUGGUCUGAGUGUUAGGACUAUCACUGUCCCACCUGCAAAGAAGCUGCGGAUGGCAUCAAAUUUGGAGAGUGUUCAGAUACGUUCUGGACAGAGCACGGUAAGCAUUGGACAUAAUGGGUCAGGCAAGGUGUCGGUUCAGAGGUUAAGAGGACCUGCUAAUGAGAGCAGUGAGAAAUCGGUUAUGUUUAUGGCAUCUGCACGGUUAAACCCUGUUCCAGUUGCUGAUUCAGAAAAAAUUGGCCACUCUGGCACGAUGCAGGGUGCCGCUUGGACGAAUUCCCUUCAGCAGCCAAGGCCAUCUUCAGCGCAGAUUGCACCAUCUCACAUUGGACUGCAGAACAGAACUUCCAGGCCGCAUGUAGGAAUCGCAAGUCACAGGCCGUUAACUCCCAUGACAAAAUCUCCACUUGUGCAAUCAUCUCGGGGCCCCGCCUUCUGCAGCCCCCCCAUGCGCACCCCUGGUCAAAUGAGAGGCCAUCUAUUUCAGGGCCAUGGAGAAAAUCCGUGCUUGCCCACCACACCCACAAUAAGGCUCCACAACCCGAGUGCAUCGGGACAGCGCUCGGCAGCCACUACUCCAACGUGGCUCAUGACAAACCGGCUCGUGCAACUCGUCUCGGCCUCCAACAAUGUGACUCCCCGGCCCUCGCCUGCUGCUCCCUCUGCAGUGCCAAAGGCACGCCGGUUCCCUGGCCCUGCUGGCCUCCUGCCUCAACAGCUGAGCAGAAAAAUGGAUGACAUCAUGAUUUCUGCUCCACAAACCCCAGCUCAUGGAGCCGUCGCAAAGCUUAGCUCAUUGCCCUCUUCACAGCAGUCAUCAUUUGAGGAAGACUUUGGCCGGGGGCCGUGGGUUGCCAUGAAAGCAGCACUGGGUGUCGAUGAGAGGAACCCUUCCUCUUUUUUGUGCACGCACAGCAUCAUCAUGGUGCUCCGCAAGGCCAGCCUCAAGCAGCUGCCAAAGGGAAAGGUGCCGAUCAUGUGCAUCCUACUGAAAUCUCUCGUCCAAACCGGCAGUGAUGCAAAGGCCGUCUUCAAAGACCCCACUGGGGAGAUGCAGGGCACCAUCCACAGGCAGCUGGUUGAGCAGCAUCAGUCACAACUGAGGGCUGGUGUGGUGUUGCACUUGCAGCAGGUGGGAGUGCUGUCCCCGAGCUGCAGAAACCACUACCUGAACAUCACUCCUCGGAAUGUGGUGCGGAUAUUUAUGUCAGAAGGCUGUACCGAGACCAAUUCAAGCUGCAGCCAAACAGCCAGUGAAGUAGCCCAGAUUGCUCAAGAAAGCAUCCACAAGGUGACAGCUGGGGUAGUGGAAAAUCAGGCUGAGAGCUCAGCAGUCACGGAGCGAGGAGGAACAGUGAUGAAAGGAGGCUCACGACAAACGGAUGACAAUCUUUCGGGCUCGGAUAAUCUGGACAGCUUUCUGGAAGAUCUUCCAGAGGAUGCGUUUGCAGAUUUCUGACAAUGCAGUGUAAGAAGACCCAGUGCCUACAAAAUCACGAAACUUGAAAAGUGCUCUCAAUGAAGAUUGAAAAGUGCUGUCUGUGGAUAUGCUUCUCCUUAUAUAUUUAGCAUUUUUCAAUUUGCAUUACAAAAAAUGCUGUGUUUGUUAUACUUGCCAAGACCAAUGUCAUUUGAUUAACAGUCAUGGCAGGAGACUGAUUCUUUAACAAAUGCUCAGACAGACACAUACUGUGUACUUUCAAUGCUGUUUAUGUCACUUAUUACUUUAUUUUCCUUCGUUUGAGCUUGUAUUUGAAGAUCAUACACACUUGAUGAACAUGAUCAGUUUUGUCAUUUGUUACAGCAGCAAUACCAGGAAUAUACAUUUGUUGGCGUUAUAGUCAAUAUUCUAUAAAGCAUGUCCACGUUUAUUAAUGUCUAUGGUGUCACCUGUCAUGUUGAGGUGCUUCACAAGUCACAGCAGAUGAAUGAAGAAACUUUCUAAAGCAUGACUAUCAUAUUGCAUUUCACUCGAUCUAAGAAAGCUUCCCACACAAAAAUGUACUACAGUACUGUACUUGGCAACGUCAGUACAACGUGCUGGCAAAAACGUGUUUUGCAUAAAUGUACCAAUGGUAUAUUUUGAUUUAAAGCUUUCGUGACUGCAGGGAUUCAUAUGAUUGGUUCUUUCGGUAAAGUCACGUAGAAGGGAAACAAUAAUAAAAAUAUUUUAUUGUUUCUCUUCUACGUGACUUUACUGAAAGAAUCAAGAAUAUGUACUAAUGGUAUGUUAUAAAUUACAUGCUGUUGAUGAGUUAAGCACAUGUUUUUGAAAAGCAACAAAAACAUACUCUUACUGAAGUGAUUAAAGUGACAUUUUGUUGAA